CACCGAACAUGUGAGUUAGUUUUGCUUCCGAGUCAAAUAGAAAUUAACGUUCGGGACACAUUUCCACCGGCAAAACGUGAAUUCAUAGAUGUGAAACCCACUUUCAGUGUUUCACACGGAUUCCACAUGAGAAGCUUGUGGUUAUAUAAGCUUCUUCAUACCUGCCAGGAUGGAUCUUGGUAAGGCAAAGCUUCUUAGGUCAGGUCUCAACACUCUACACCAAGCCGUCCACCCUGUGCACGGGAUAGCAUGGACGGACGGCAAGCAGGUCUGCCUGACCGCUCUCUACUUUAUCAAUGGCGAGGUGAAGUUUGGGGACACCAACGUCAUCGGGCAGUUUGAGCAUGUCUUCGGGCUCUUCUGGGGCUCGCUGUGCUGCUCUGACUCCCCUGCCUUGCUGGCUGUUCAGCACAAGAAACACGUUACCGUGUGGCAACUGCAGCUCAGUGCCCUCGAGCAGAACAAGCUGCUGUGCACUCAGACCUGUGAGAUGAGUGAGCCUUUCCCCUUGCUCUCCCAAGGCUGUGUGUGGCAUCCUAAACUGGACAUUCUGGCUGUGCUGACCAAGAGGGACACUUCUGUGCUGUUUUCUGUCAGGGUGGACAACAGGAGAACCAAAGCAGACAUCAAAGGUAGUGGACUUAUCCACUGUGCAUGCUGGACUAAGGAUGGUACGCGCCUGGUGGUGGCCAUAGGCAGUGCUCUUCACUCUUACAUCUGGAAUGACAUCCAGAAGAGUCUGGUGGCCUGCUCCUUCUGCCCCGUCUUUGAUGUGGGAGGCUACAUCUGUGCCAUCGAGGCCACAGGGGAGGCUCAAGUAGCUGUGGCUACAGAGCUGCCUCUGGAUAAAAUCUGUGGCUUACAUGCCGGCAUAGCCUUCGACAUGCCGACAGAGCCUGAGUCCCCGCAUGGCCACGGCUCGAAUGUGUCAGAUGACGACAGCCUUCUGGAGUCGAGACGAAGAUCGUUUGAAUCAGAGAGGUCCUACAUCCCCAGCUCAGGCCCUCUUGACCUCACCCAGCUCUUGGCGAGGCACCGUCGCUCUGACCCAAGCCCCCUUAUUCACCUGCGUCGCCGAGACACCAUGACAGGCUCUGGCCAGGACUCCUCACACCUCAUCCUGGUCACCUAUGAGCGUAAAGUCACGACCACCCGCAAAGUCAGUAUCCCAGGGAUUUUGGUUCCAGACAUUGUGGCUUUUGACCCACGUGGCUCCACAGUUGCAGUGGCUUCCAACACCUGCAACAUGGUGCUUGUGUACUGCAUCACAGCCUCUGCCAUGCCAAACAUUCAGCAGAUCUCUCUGCAGACAAACGAGAGGCCCAAAGGAGUCUGCUUCCUCAAUGACAAGAUGCUGCUGUUGAUGGUGGGCAGGCAGAAGUCUAAUGACCCUGCCUUCCUUCCAUCUUCCAACACAGAUAAAUAUAUUCUUCGUCUUCUAGCCAAAGAGUUGAUGUACGAUGGAGAGACUCCUAUCACACCAUCCCCCUCUGCUCACAACCAUGAGUCCACUUCUAAUUUCUGCGCAGGGAUUAGGAGGCACUCGGAGAACCUAUCUAAGGACGACAGAGAGCGCCCAGGGAUAAAGGACUUGGUGUUGCCUGGAGGCGGAGUAUUUCGUUCACCAGGCAACAGGCGCAGGCUGGUGGAGGAGGUGAGGAGCGGCGAGCCCAGCCCCGUCACCAGCUUUGUGGACUUCUCUGACCGAGCAUCAGACAGAGCCCUGUCCAGUGCCUCCUCCAUCACGGUGGAGAAUUUCGAUAUGGACCACGUCAACCGCAUGACCAGCCUUGCGGUGGCCAGCCAGGCCAGCAGAGACUCCAGCCGGGCCAGCUCUCCUCGCCUCGAGCUGUCGGACAAGCUUCACACAGAGCCGACGCUGCCUAUGCCUGAAAAGACAUCAGGCACUGCCAAGGAGCGUGGACUGGAGCAGCUGGUUCACAACAUGGAGAGGCUUUUUACACGCUUUGCAGAUGUACAGCAGUGCCUGACAGAAAUCAGAGAUUAUACCCAGAAUGGCAAGAAGACCCUGAGUGUCUACCCCAAUGCCUGUGAACCCCCCUAUGUCAAUGUCACCUGUCAGAAGCAGUUAUCAGAAAACGUGUUCAUCGAUGAGCGGAGGCCAGUGCUUCUGUGUGAUGGGAAGCUGUGUCUGCGUGCCCUCCAAGACCUCUUCAACCUAACCACUGUGGAGAUGAUGUAUGGUCCAUUGUGGAUUGUACUUGUGGCAGAUGGAGAUGGCUUUGUGCCUCUGACGUUCAAGCCCAAGGAGGAACUUACAGUGCGGAACGGGAAGCGGAAACCUAUCCUACGGACUCCUGGGAGUCCAGAGAACUCCUGCCCAUCCAGUCCAGCCCCCAGCCAAAACCCCAACACAACCACAGAGGCCUCCACAUAGUGCCUCUGAACGCACACCUAAAUUUAUGGACUCAUGCAGUUAUAUCCCUAUUACUUUAAUAUAUUUGACUUAAUCCAAGUAUGCAAGGCAGAUUGGAUAUGUCAUAAACAUGCGCAGCCACACUAAUGCAGAUAACCAGAGUUAUAUGUCAAAUGUAUUUUUGUAUUGAAAAACUGUAGUGAUUUGAAAAGGGCUACCUAUUCAGACGUGAUGUUGCUGCUUUGAAAUGAAAGCUUACCUGAAAGAA